GGCGCCGGAGGCUCGGGUCCCGAGCCCAGGAAGAACCGAGCCAGCGCAGCCUCCGGCACGGAGGGCGGAUUUUGGCUCCGCGGGCGCGCCCUCCGCGCUCUCUCGCAGCCGCGCCAGCUCCGAGCGGGGCCGGCGACAGGGCACGGGGACCCCGUCUCCUCGCCCUCCGGCCCCGGGAGCCGCUGGAGUUGGGACUUCUGCAACUGUUGGCACUCGGAGCGUCUGGUUCUGGUUUUGGCUGUUCACCCUCUUCUCGCCGCCUUGGAGGCACAGCUCCCGGCCGCCCUCCGCCCUCGCGCCCACCCAGCGCCGCCGGGGAGCGGCCCGGGGCACACUCGGCACGAUGAGCCGACUUGAGACUUGCCUGUUCACUUUGACCGGACUUUUGCUAACUGCGGCGGGGGACUCGUUUUCAGGUGGUUGCCUCUUUGAUGAGCCUUACAGCACAUGUGGAUACAGUCAGGCUGUAGACGAUGACUUCAACUGGGAGCAAGUGAACACCUUGACCAAACCAACCUCUGACCCAUGGAUGCCAUCAGGCUCCUUCAUGUUGGUGAACACAUCCGGGAGACCCGAGGGACAGAGAGCCCACCUCCUCCUACCUCAGCUGAAGGAGAAUGACACCCACUGCAUUGACUUUCACUACUUUGUGUCUAGCAAGAGUAAUUCUGCCCCCGGGUCACUCAACGUCUAUGUGAAGGUCAAUAAUGGGCCUUUGGGGAGCCCUAUCUGGAAUAUAUCUGGAGACCCUAACCGUACAUGGAACAGGGCAGAACUGGCCAUCAGUACCUUCUGGCCUAACUUUUAUCAGGUGAUUUUUGAAGUCAUAACUUCUGGACAUCAAGGUUACCUCGCUAUUGAUGAAGUGAAGGUGUUAGGACAUCCGUGUACCAGAACGCCCCACUUCCUGCGGAUCCAGAACGUGGAGGUCAACGCCGGCCAGUUUGCCACCUUCCAGUGCAGCGCCAUCGGCAGGACCGUGGCUGGAGACAGGCUGUGGCUACAGGGCAUUGAUGUCCAGGAUGCUCCUCUGAAGGAAAUAAAGGUGACCAGUUCCCGGCGAUUCAUAGCAUCAUUUAACGUCGUGAACACAACCAAACGAGAUGCUGGAAAAUACCGCUGCAUGAUUCGCACCGACGGGGGAGUUGGCAUAUCCAACUAUGCAGAGUUGGUAGUUAAAGAGCCCCCUGUUCCCAUCGCACCCCCUCAGCUGGCCUCUGUGGGGGCCACCUACCUUUGGAUACAACUCAACGCCAACUCCAUCAAUGGGGACGGGCCCAUUGUGGCCCGGGAGGUGGAAUACUGCACGGCCAGUGGGAGCUGGAGCGACCGGCAGCCGGUGGACUCCACGAGCUACAAAAUCGGGCAUCUGGACCCCGACACGGAGUAUGAGAUCAGUGUGCUCCUCACCCGGCCCGGGGAGGGCGGCACCGGCUCCCCUGGGCCCGCCCUCAGGACCAGGACCAAGUGUGCCGAUCCCAUGCGUGGCCCAAGGAAACUGGAAGUCGUGGAAGUCAAAUCUCGGCAGAUCACCAUCCGCUGGGAGCCCUUUGGGUAUAAUGUGACCCGUUGCCAUAGCUACAACCUCACGGUCCACUACUGUUACAAAGUUGGAGGGCAGGAACAGGUGCGAGAGGAAGUGAGCUGGGACACAGAAAACUCACACCCCCAACACACCAUCACCAACCUCUCGCCCUACACCAACGUCAGCGUGAAGCUCAUCCUCAUGAAUCCAGAGGGGCGGAAGGAGAGCCAGGAGCUCGUAGUGCAGACGGAUGAAGAUCUUCCAGGUGCUGUUCUUACUGAAUCCAUCCAAGGAAGUACCUUUGAAGAGAAGAUAUUUCUUCAAUGGCGAGAACCAAUUCAAACCUAUGGUGUUAUCACUCUAUAUGAGAUCACCUACAAAGCAGUCAGUUCCUUUGACCCAGAAAUAGAUCUAUCCAAUCAAAGUGGAAGAGUUUCAAAACUGGGAAAUGAAACCCACUUCCUGUUUUUUGGACUGUAUCCAGGAACCACGUACUCCUUCACCAUCCGAGCCAGCACGGCUAAGGGCUUUGGACCCCCGGCAACAAAUCAGUUCACCACCAAAAUAUCAGCGCCCUCCAUGCCGGCUUAUGAACUGGAGACGCCCUUGAAUCAGACGGACAACACAGUGACGGUCCUGCUGAAACCUGCACACAGCCGAGGUGCACCUGUCAGUGUCUACCAAAUAGUGGUCGAGGAAGAACGUCCUCGAAGAACGAAAAAGACCACAGAAAUCUUAAAAUGCUACCCGGUGCCCAUCCACUUCCAGAACGCCUCCAUACUGAAUUCCCAGUACUACUUUGCAGCAGAAUUCCCAGCCAACAGCCUCCAAGCGGCUCAGCCCUUUACUAUUGGUGAUAAUAAGACUUACAACGGGUACUGGAACACCCCUCUCCUUCCCCAUAAAAGCUACAGAAUUUACUUCCAAGCAGCUAGUAGAGCCAACGGGGAAACCAAAAUAGACUGUGUCCGAGUGGCCACAAAAGGAGCCGCCACUCCAAAACCAGUCCCAGAACCCGAGAAGCAAACAGACCACACAGUCAAGAUCGCAGGGGUCAUCGCUGGCAUCCUGCUGUUCGUGAUCAUAUUUCUCGGGGUCGUGCUGGUGAUGAAGAAAAGGAAACUGGCCCAGAAGCGGAAAGAGACAAUGAGCAGCACAAGGCAGGAGAUGACGGUGAUGGUGAGCUCCAUGGACAAGAGCUACGCCGAGCAGGGCACCAGCUGCGACGAGGCCUUCUCCUUCAUGGACACGCACAACCUCAACGGGAGAUCUGUAUCUUCACCAUCGUCCUUCACCAUGAAAACCAACACCCUGAGCACAUCGGUGCCCAACUCCUAUUACCCAGACCCAUUUGUGCCAACUGCAAUUUUAGACGAGACGCACACGAUGGCCAGCGACACCAGCAGCCUGGUGCAGCCACACACGUACAAGAAGCGUGAGCCGGCCGACGUGCCCUACCAGACCGGACAGCUGCACCCCGCCAUCCGGGUGGCCGACCUGCUCCAGCACAUCACACAGAUGAAGUGUGCCGAGGGCUAUGGCUUCAAGGAGGAGUACGAGAGCUUCUUUGAAGGGCAGUCUGCACCAUGGGACUCUGCUAAGAAAGAUGAAAACCGAAUGAAGAACAGAUAUGGGAAUAUUAUUGCCUAUGAUCAUUCCCGGGUGAGGCUGCAGACCGUAGAAGGAGACAACAACUCAGACUACAUCAACGGAAAUUAUAUUGAUGGUUAUCAUCGACCCAAUCAUUAUAUUGCUACACAAGGGCCGAUGCAGGAGACGAUCUCUGAUUUCUGGAGGAUGGUGUGGCACGAGAACACGGCGAGCAUCGUCAUGGUGACCAACCUGGUGGAAGUGGGGCGGGUCAAAUGCUGCAAAUACUGGCCAGAUGACACGGAGAUCUAUAAAGACAUUAAAGUUACCCUAAUAGAAACAGAGCUACUGGCAGAAUAUGUGAUAAGAACAUUUGCUGUUGAAAAGGGAGGGCCCGGAGGAGAAGCACACUGCAGUCCGUCCCGAGAAGUGUCACAGCGAGGCGUCCACGAAAUCCGAGAGAUCAGACAGUUCCACUUCACGGGCUGGCCGGACCACGGGGUCCCCUACCACGCCACUGGGCUGCUGGGCUUCGUCCGGCAGGUGAAAUCCAAGAGCCCGCCCAACGCAGGCCCGCUGGUGGUGCACUGCAGUGCUGGUGCGGGCAGGACUGGCUGUUUCAUCGUCAUUGACAUCAUGCUGGACAUGGCCGAGCGGGAAGGGGUGGUGGACAUCUACAAUUGCGUGCGGGAGCUGCGGUCUCGGAGGGUGAACAUGGUGCAGACCGAGGAGCAGUAUGUGUUCAUCCAUGAUGCCAUUCUGGAAGCCUGUCUCUGUGGGGACACCUCGGUACCCGCUUCCCAGGUCAGGUCUCUCUACUAUGACAUGAACAAGCUGGAUCCGCAGACCAAUUCGAGCCAGAUCAAGGAGGAAUUCCGGACCCUGAACAUGGUGACGCCGACCCUGCGAGUGGAAGACUGCAGCAUCGCGCUGCUGCCCCGUAACCACGAGAAGAACCGCUGCAUGGACAUCCUGCCACCUGACCGCUGCCUGCCCUUCCUCAUCACCAUCGACGGCGAGAGCAGCAACUACAUCAACGCGGCCCUCAUGGACAGCUAUAAACAGCCCUCCGCUUUCAUAGUCACCCAGCAUCCUCUGCCAAACACAGUGAAAGACUUCUGGAGGCUGGUCCUGGAUUAUCACUGCACGUCUGUGGUGAUGCUAAACGACGUGGACCCCGCCCAGUUGUGUCCGCAGUACUGGCCAGAGAACGGAGUCCACCGACACGGCCCCAUCCAGGUGGAGUUUGUUUCUGCUGACCUGGAAGAAGACAUCAUCAGCAGGAUAUUCCGCAUCUACAACGCAGCACGACCCCAGGACGGGUACCGGAUGGUGCAGCAGUUCCAGUUCCUAGGCUGGCCGAUGUACAGGGACACGCCGGUGUCCAAGCGCUCCUUCCUGAAGCUCAUCCGCCAGGUGGACAAGUGGCAGGAGGAGUACAACGGCGGGGAGGGACGCACGGUCGUGCAUUGCCUGAACGGGGGCGGCCGCAGCGGGACCUUCUGUGCCAUCAGCAUCGUCUGCGAGAUGCUCCGGCACCAGCGGACGGUGGACGUCUUCCACGCCGUGAAGACGCUGAGGAACAACAAGCCCAACAUGGUGGACCUGCUGGAUCAGUACAAGUUCUGCUACGAGGUAGCCCUAGAGUACUUGAACACUGGCUGACGGCGCGAAGAGCCCCGCACACCAACCUGCCAUCCUGCGUAGCCAGGACGCGUGCCACGGUGUUUGUGCCGAUGAGAUGAAGACAGCUCCAUAUGCUUAUUUUGCUUUGCCUAACUGGCUCUUUUUAAAAAAGAGUCCAAGAAAAAAAAGUGUUUAUAAAACUGCUUGCACUGCCCGAUUCCCAACAGUGCUGCUGCCUGACCGAAACCCACCCACAGCACCCAGUGGUCCAACCCUGUCCUCCUGGGCACCGGCCCCUUCGAGCAGCACGGACAGAUGGUAAAUUGAAGAGCACAAUUAUAUUCUUAUGAAGGAAUUUGUACCUUUGGGGUAUUAUUUUGUGGCCCGUGAACGUUUGUUAUUGUCACAGCUGAGUGUACAUUUUCGUUCUGUGGAGAAUGCUACCUGGCAUUAUGAUAAUAUAUUAUUUUACUUAAUAUUUGUAUUUUAACAUGUCGCAUAAUAUAUGUAGCUUUCCAAGACUAACAGAUAAACAUAUAAUGAACCAAGAGAUGUUGUAUGAGUUGUUGUUUCUAUCAGAUUUGUAUCGUUUCCGAGGGAAAAGCUCGGGAGGCAUUCGGUUUGGGAAGGCGGAGGUCGGCGAUCAGGUUCAGAGAUCUGAAGUUCUUCCUGUGUGUUUAUAUUGUAAAUAUUUUUGAUUUCAUCAGAUUAUUUAUUCAUUAAAAGAAAUUUUUGUGAA